GCAUUUUUGAACGGCAUACCCGAAAACCAUCAGAUUUCCGACAGACCAAGAAGCCAGCGCACCUCCAUCGGGAGGAGGACGCUGCUGCUGCCGUGACAACUUUUGGACCUUCUCCAGACUCUGGCAACAGACAAAUACACUUUGAAAAACAGGGGAGAAAAAAAAAGCUUUACUAUGAAGUUGUCUGUGAUUCGAACUGGUCUUUGGAUACGUCAAACCCACAGGGGAACCCGGUUUCUCGGCUCGGCGUCGUGGAGACUCCGGUGUCCGAGCAGCCAGGUGAACGUCCGGGUAGCCAGCGGCGGCACCAAGCCCAAAAUGUUCUCCAGCGUUCGCAAACAAGUCGCGAAGGAAGAUGGGGUCCGGUGUGAGAGUUCUUUGAGUGAAGUGCUUCAGAGCACCAAGGAGAUGAUGGCGACUUUGAAGGCAAACAGCCCAGACGUCCAGCCUGUAUUAGCCAUCAUACAGGCAGGUGAGGAUGAUAGCUUGCUGGAGAGCAAUAAGAAAAUGGCAGCAAAGAUUGGCUUGAACAUUACUCAGAUCUGCCUUGCAAAAAACUGCAGUGAGGAAUAUAUUUUAGACGAGCUGUUGAAGUUGAAUGAGGACCCAAAGGUGCACGGUAUCUACCUUCACCUCCCCGCUGCUUUUCUCACCGCCCGAGUGCUCCAUGUACUAAAACCGGAGAAGGACGUCAGUGGGAUAUCUGAUUUGAAUAUGGGCUGUCUAGUACGAGGUGACAUGAGCAAAGUCUUUGUUCCACCCAUUGCCAGCGCUGUUGUGGAUCUGCUGCUAAAACACGACACUUCUCCGGAGGCAAAGACUGUGUUGCUGGUCGGAGAUGAAGGACCUGUUGGGGUGGCCCUGCAGUGCAUGAUGGAGAGGAGCGGCAUGGUCACUGUGAAGAGUUCCUGGAGCUCCACCAAUCUACAGAGACAGCUGAAGCAAGCUGAUGCUGUGGUCUUUUUCGGGGAGGGGACCAUGGAUGUCCCUACAGCCUGGGUUCGACCGGGCACUGCUGUAAUCUGCUGUGAGCCUGCCCCAGUAACAGAUGACCAUAAUCUGGAGAUGCCCUCGCAGUCUGAGAUAGAAUAUCUCACUGCCGCUUACAGAAUGCAGAAUGUUGUGUGCAGUGCCACUUGGUGGGUGAAGGAGCAGGAGUACCGCCCGUGGCGGUUGCGCAGCCUCAAACUACAGCCCCUCACUCCAGUACCGAGUGACAUAGAGAUUUCCAGAGCCCAGACACCCAAGCCCGUUGACCAGCUGGCCGAUGAAAUCGGCUUACUCCCGGAUGAAUUUGAGGCCUAUGGCCGGACCAAAGCUAAGGUUCGCCUCUCCUUGUUAAACCGCCUCCACGCACAGCCUGAUGGGAAAUAUGUGCUGGUAGCCGGUAUAACUCCCACCCCGUUGGGUGAAGGUAAAAGCACCGUGUCCCUCGGUCUCGUCCAGGCCUUGUCUGCCCACCUGAAGCUUAAUGCCUUUGCCUGUCUUCGUCAGCCUUCCCAGGGACCCACUUUUGGAGUCAAAGGAGGAGCUGCAGGUGGGGGAUAUGCUCAGGUCAUCCCGAUGGAGGAGUUCAACCUCCAUCUGACUGGUGACAUUCAUGCCAUCACAGCUGCCAAUAAUCUGCUGGCAGCAGCAGUUGAUGCCCGGAUGCUGCACGAGGCCACACAGUCAGACAAGGCUCUGUUCAGUAGACUCGUCCCUUCCGUGAAUGGAGUCAGGCAGUUUUCACCAAUCCAGAUUGCCAGACUGCGACGUUUAGGUAUCAGCAAAUCGGACCCUGGAUCUCUCACACCACAAGAAGUCAGCACCUUUGUCCGCCUCGACAUUGACCCUUCCAAAGUCACCUGGCAGAGAGUUGUUGACACAAAUGACCGUUUUUUGAGGAAGAUCACAGUUGGCCAAGCAAGCACAGAAAAAGGACAGAUGAGAGAGACUGGGUUUGACAUUGCAGUGGCCAGCGAGAUCAUGGCCAUCCUGGCUUUGGCAGAUGGCCUGGAGGACAUGAAGCAAAGACUUGGCCACAUGGUGGUGGGGACCAGUCGAUCUGGACAGCCUGUCACGUCAGAGGACCUGGGUGUGAGUGGGGCACUGACAGUUUUAAUGAAAGAUGCCAUCAAGCCUACAUUGAUGCAGACUCUUGAGGGUUCACCCGUGUUUGUUCAUGCUGGGCCUUUUGCCAACAUCGCCCAUGGCAACUCAUCGGUGCUGGCGGACAAGCUGGCUUUGAAGUUGGUUGGACAGGAUGGUUUUGUGGUGACUGAAGCUGGUUUUGGGGCAGACAUCGGGAUGGAGAAGUUCUUCAAUAUCAAAUGUCGAGCUUCAGGGCUGAGGCCCAAUGCGGUGGUGCUUGUCGCAACUGUCCGAGCACUUAAGAUGCACGGUGGAGGACCUCAUGUCUCAGCAGGUGCACCACUUCCAAGAGAGUACAUUGAUGAGAAUUUAACCCUAGUUGCUGGUGGUUGCCACACAAAUCUCAGGAAGCAGAUCCAGAUUGCACAUCUGUUUGGUGUACCUGUAGUCGUGGCGCUCAAUGUUUUCAAGACGGACACCCAGGCGGAGAUUGAUCUUGUAUGUCAGCUUGCCAAAGAAUGUGGUGCUUCUGAUGCAGUGUCGUGCAACCAUUGGGCCCAGGGUGGGCGAGGUGCUUUAGAACUGGCCAAGGCUGUGAAGGAAGCCACCAGCAGACCCAGCAACUUCCAGUUUCUGUACAACUUAGAAAUGCCUGUUGUGGAGAAGAUCAGAACAAUAGCCCAAAAAGUGUAUGGGGCUGAUGAUAUUGAGCUGUCUCCAGAGGCCAAGGUCAAGAUAGAUUACUACAACCAACAGGGUUAUGGUUCGCUGCCCAUCUGCAUGGCCAAGACGCAUCUGUCUCUGUCCCACAUGCCCGACAAGAAGGGUGCACCUACUGGAUUUGUUUUGCCAAUUCGAGACGUGCGAGCUAGUGUUGGUGCUGGCUUCAUCUACCCACUUGUGGGAACAAUGAGCACCAUGCCUGGCCUGCCGACCAGACCCUGUUUUUACGACAUUGACCUUGACCCUGUUACAGAAGAGAUAAAAGGGCUCUUCUGAGCAUUCUCAGGAUUUUCAUGCACCAUCAAUCUCAUCCAUCCCCUGUCCUUUGAAGAGGAAUUGCUCCCCACCUCAGCUUUCCACACAUCACAGUAACGUCUCUUUUGGGGUGAGGUGCAGAUUACUGGGGUAUAUUAGCUUUAUGCAGUAUUUGCACAUAUGUGUGAUAACUUAGAGCAGGGGAAAUGUUACAGCCAUACUGUGGUGAUAGACGCUGCAUUGGACCUCUUUGCACAAUGUUUUUUCCUUAUACAGUAUAGUUUUUAAUAGGUUUUCAUUGAUUUCAGCUACAUUGCUUAUAAAGGUGCAGUUUUUUUAAUGCGUUUGGUCAUGUCUGGUGUAUUCUUGUCUUUUAAUUGUGGCAUUACUCAAAUCUCUCCUACACAACACUACUAUGAUGGUACUGCUGUACUAUUUGACCUUCAGCCAUUAGGUCUUAUUUUAACAUAACAUUGCGUUUGCCAUCCAUUUUGGCAGCUACAUUUUAUGAUCCAGCGACAAACAUGUGCGACAUGCAUCCUGAUGCUGCUUACUGCAAAUUAGGGUGAUUUGAUAACAGCCACAUCACACUGACAUGUGUACCUUGUGCCAGUUUAUGUUUUUGAGUGAACAUUCAUGUUGAUGGCUAACAAUUUUGUGCCAUUUUAAAUAAACGGUUUUUAUUCACUCCAAUAUGGUUUGUGUUUUUACACCUGGCAGUUCAGUGUGUCUCUUUGUGCAUGCUUUUCCACUCUGAGGCGAUGCCUCAAGACAGACCUAUUUUUGUCACAUGGAGAUUUUCCUCUCAGUGCUCCAGUUAGAGGUCGACUUGUUUCAGAUCAUCUAUCUCCAUCUUACCCUGUUUUCUGCAUUUUCUUCUGUUUCACCAAUCACCUGCAUGCUCUGAGGCAUAAACCCCCUCUUUGGACUGGAGGCUCCAUCUUCAGCAUCCUUCUCUGUAUAUACCCUGCAUCCCUCCUCUACCUGCUGUCACUAUCUCAGUCUUGCCUGUUUCACUUUGUCUCUAAACUGCCCAACCUGUGCUGUCCCUCUGAUACAUUCCUUCUAAUCCUGUCUGUCCUUGUCGUUGCCAAAGAAAAUUACAGCAUCUUCACCUCUGCUGCUUCCAGCGCCGAUAAAUCAUACAAUGUAGCUGGUCUCUCUGCAGUCUUAUAAACCUUCCCUUCCACUCUUGCAGAUAUCCUUCUAUCACAAAUCACUCCUUCCCCCACUCAGCCCUGCCUGCACUCUCUGCUUUGCCUCUGUCACACUCUCCAUGACUUUGAACAGUUGACUCCAUGUAAUUUAACUCUUCUGAGGGGAGGUGAUGGUCAAGUGGUUAAAACUGUGGACUUAUGAUCAGAGGCUCCUCAGUUCAAGUCUCAUUCUGACCGGAAAGUCACUCAGGGCACUUUGGAAAAGUCCUUAAUCCCCACGUUGCUCCC